GGUAACACCAAGGAGAAUAGGGUACGCGUAUGGAGAUUAGUAUCACAUGUCUCUUGGGUAUCACGUAUCAUCAAUCGCCACUGGACAAAUCCUCGAUAAGAUUUUCAUUUAUCUCGUCUGACCUCGCAUGAAAGAGGUCAAUUAAACGUCACGGUGUUUGAAAUUAAAUUUUGACAAAAACGCAGAAAAUGUCGUUCAGCCCACAGACCAAACAAAAAAUAUCCAUCGUUGUGAAUGUGACAAAAGUUGUGUUUCAUUGGGGAUUUAUUCCAGCAGUUCUUUUUCUAGGUUUUAGAAAAGGUGCUGAUCCAGGAAUGCCUCCAUUGUCUGUAAUGAACCUGCUUUGGCAGUAAAUAAUGAUAGGUCGCCGUCCACUUGACACCUUCAAAAUUUAUAGAUGAUUCAUUAAACCAUACUAGAAUGUAUACCCGAUUAUGUUUACUUAAGUUCUGAUCAUAUUGAUUGUAAAUUGCCAUGUAAUAAACAUUUAGUCGCCAAUUGAA